GAUAAACAAAACAAACCAGAGAGCUGGGCAGCAUGGACUCCAUAGAAAUGGCCAAAAAAACACCAGUAUAGAUACCAGUACGCGACUAAACGCCGCUCGGACAUCCGCAUGUGAGGUUGCACGGAGUGAUCGGCAGAGGAGGACUAGUCGAGGAUCUGUCAGUCAGCCGCGGUGGCUGUUGCGUGGAAAGGUCACACGGGCAGAUUCGCUGGCACGCGGCAUCCCGUAAAACUGGAAACAGCUGGACGCAACCGACGGCUGAGAAGUUUUCGGAUAAAAACCGAAGAUCUGCGCUUGGCAAUGCCGCAGCCCAGCAUCAGUGGGAUGGACCCUCCUUUUGGGGAUGCCUUUCAAAACUGCGCUUUCGCUGACCAAGUGCUGACCAGCACAGACCUGCUGGCGAACAGCUCCGACCCGGACUUCAUGUACGAGCUGGACAGAGAUAUGACUUCCAGACAAAGCCCGAGAGCAGAUAUCUUUACCAUCGGGGACUGCAAAGAGAUUGAGGGUAUGGAACACUUGCCCGAGGCCUUGGACAGUGACCCCAUGUACAGCUCGAACUUCGAGCAGUGGGACACCUACUGGGAGGACCUGACUAAGUACACCAAGCUCACUAGCUGCGACAUCUGGGGCACAAAGGAGGUGGACUUCCUGGGCCUGGACGACUUCUCCAGUCCCUACCAGGACGAGGAGGUAAUCAGCAAGACGCCGACAUUGGCGCAGCUCAACAGCGAGGACUCGCAGCCGGUGUGCGACACGCUGUACCACCCGGACCUACUACUGGGCCAGAAGCCGCACGCACUUCCCGCUUCGGCCAACUUCAAAAAGACGGCGCCCCGACUGGCCAUCCCCGGCUCGUCCUUGGCUCGGGGUCUACCAGACUUCGCCGAGGGUUGCCAGAAGGCCACUCGGCCUGUGCCGUCCACCACCGAAACUAUGUGCAAGGCCCAGUUGCAGGGACCCAAGGUACUCUGCCCAGUCUCAGACAGCAAGGACUACGUGUGCAAGGCCAAAGUGCACAUCAACUCUCCACGCCGGCCUACGGUAGACGUCAAGUUACCACAGGCUAAUAUAACCAUAAAGUCCCACUUCACUGAGGCCCCGGCCGCCUGCAUCACGGGCUCCCUAUCCGGUGCCGCUGCCGUCACUAUUGCCACCCCUCCGACUGAAGAGAAGGACACACCGGAACCCCAGUUGGGGGUGCCCCCCGUUCCAGAAAAGGGCAUCGGCCAAGUGGUGUCCUACAAACUGUUCCCCGUGACUGGGGACAGUCAGACCCUGGGGGCUGAUGCCUUACAGGAGAAAAAGGAAGAGGAACACAACUACUCUCUCUUCCUCAUGCAAGGGAAGCACACGGGUGAAGAGGAGCCCGAGGCGGAGGACGAAGACGACGAGGAGGAAGAGGAGGAGGAGGAGGAGGAGGCGGAGGACCUGGAACUGGAUGACGAGGAUCACGACGAGGGCUUCGGCAGCGAGCACGAGCUCUCCGAAAACGAGGAAGAGGAGGAAGAGGACGAUGAGGACUACGAGGGCGACAAGGAUGACGACAUGAGCGACACGUUCUCGGAGCCCGGAUGCGACGACGCCGACGUGAAGGGUGCGACGGUGGGGAUCUCGCGGAAGAGGGGCAAGCGGCGCUACUUCUGGGAGUACAGCGAGCAGCUGACCCCCUCCAAGCAGGAGCGCAUGCUGAAACCCUCCGAGUGGGACAGGGACACGUUGCCAAGCAACAUGUACCAAAAGAAUGGUCUUCACCACGGCAAAUACACGGUGAAGAAGUCUCGCCGGACAGACGUGGAGGACCUCACUCCCAAUCCGCGGAAGCUGCUGCAGAUCGGAAACGAGCUGCGGAAGCUCAACAAGGUCAUCAGCGACCUGACGCCCGUCAGCGAGCUGCCACUGACCGCCCGGCCGCGUUCCCGCAAGGAGAAGAACAAACUAGCGUCCAGAGCUUGCCGGCUGAAGAAGAAGGCUCAGUAUGAGGCCAACAAAGUCAAGCUGUGGGGUCUCAACACGGAAUAUGACCGGCUCCUGUUUGUAAUUACUGCCAUUAAGGAUGACAUCGUAAACAGAGUGCAGAACCUCUUCGAGGACAGGGCAACAAGUAUGGUCGAUAAACUGGAUCGACUCAUCAAGGAAACACUCGUGAGCUCACCAGUCGCUGGACAGACGUCAGACUUUGUGAACCAGAUCCUAGAGAACACCAGCGGGGGGGAUCCCACCGGGGGUCUCGUUGGGCUCCGCGUUCCGACAUCAAAAGUGUAGGGGGGGCCACACGGAGGAGAUGAACCCAUCCGCAUCAUCUGUGUCCCAUUACGUUCUGCAUGUGCAGGUCAUAUAGAGAAACAUCUACAUGCCUAAUUUGAAUAUAUAUAUACCUAUUCUUGUGUAUGUAUAUUUAUAUUAUGCACUUGCAUUUAUACAGAAAUUGUACUUAUUUCUUUAUCCACUUGUGUGGAAACUUGCCAUUUGUUUGUUACGAGUAAUCUGUCCAGCUACCGGUUUCAAACUCCAAGCCAAUGUGUGAGAACUCUUCUCUCGUGGUAUUUUCUUUAACGGGAAAAAAAAACCAACAACAAACAUAACAGUCAAACAAAAUAAUAUCGGUAUUUGUCGUAGCCUGAAUACAGCAUGCUUAUCGUGGGAAUCAGACAGUAGUAACUCGAGAAGAAAAAAUCACAUCGUAACAAUGUCCGUUGUUUCUGUGCUCUGAAGAGAGGACGUAGCUAAAUCGAAAUAGCGCGGUAUUCUCGCGUUGCCUGUUAGCGCAAUAUUCGCGCUGCACUGAGAAGUGAUAUUGAUGUGAUUCGCACCAUCUGCUUACUGCUGGAAAUAAGUAGCAUUUAAGGUUGCCAGAGAAAUAAGAUCCCAAAAGGCAAGUGACCACAACAACAAACUGGCAUAUGCUUCGAUCAGCAGGAUUCGUCCGUCAAACGUUAACCGCUCGGGGGGGGAAAAUGGCAGGCGGUCACAUGCAUGUCGAGAGUUAACGGUUGACGCGACGGGCAAAUGAGGCUGCCGCGGCUUCCGUUGGUCUUUUGCUGCCCUGCUGAUAGAUAGUGAGGAUUUAUAUGGCUGUAAUAAGUAGCCCUGAUGGAUGAUAGUUGUUCUGAUGAAAACGAGGCUUCAACAGAUAAACCACAUACUAUAUUCCUCUGUGUGCUUUGGUUCAGAUCACUUUAACAUUUAAAACACGACGGAUUUUGUAAGCGGGGAUGGGACAGGAAAGAUGUAAUUCCUAAGUUUUAAUUUGUUAAUAUUUGUAUGUACCAAUCAAUAUUCAUUGUGCCUUGUACUUCAGAGGAAAGGAUGACAAGACUCUCCCAGAGGUUUAAAGGAAAUAUACUUUUUUCACAGAAGAGUGACAUUGGGAGGGUGGAGCUUUUGGUUUUCUAAUAUAUUUUAGGUCUUUAUGAUAAUAUGAAUAUACAUUGGAAUGUUGAAAAUGUAGAUAUUUGCCACAGAGUCUGUGCGUUGUAUCAUAAGAUGGCUCUAAGGGAAACGCUUUCAGUUUUUGGUACUUGACUGGGCAAAGGGGGGUUACUAAGAAAAAAAAAGAAAAAAAAGAAGAAAAAAAAGACAAAACAUUUGCACAUUAUAUGUAGAUUGUUUUUGUACCAAAGAUGAAUGCAACAAAAAUGGCAAGUGGCCUGUGUAAGUAAGGCUUUGCACAGCUUACCUAACACCGUAUUGAAUGUAGAAAAAGUGGUUAGGGUCAGGGAUACUCAUUGAACUGUGAAUUUCGUUUGGGUCCAAUUAUCGACGACAGGAGGUGUCCGUUUGCACCUGACGUAGGCCGGUGGUUUCGUUGGCUUCUUACGGAGAUGUGCUGCUUCGAAAGGGUAGUUGUGCUUUUUCUCACCCCAUGUAGACUCUUGCCAUUCUGUUAUCGUUUUAAAUAGAUCUUUUUUUUUUUUUUUUUAGAAAAAAAGAACGUAUUGGUAAGAGAAGAAUGUAAGAGCAUCAGAAUAUAGUUUUUUUUUUUUUUUUUUAAGCAUGUUUAAGCAUUACCGCAAAUUACCAAAUGGUUUAGUAAUUGUAUAGUUUACAUAUACAAAUGAAAACUAUAUAAUUUUAAGUACUGUAUGUGUUCUAUAUAUAUACACAUUCUUUAUAUAUAUGUGUGUGUGUGUAUAUAUACAUACACACGCAUGCAUGUGUACGUACACACACAUUGAUACACAUAUAUUGCUACAUGUUUGAUUUUUUUUUUUAGCUACUGGGUUGUUAAGCGUGAUGCUUUCUAAAAAUCUUUGUUCACAUUCAAAAGGAAAAUAUAUCUUUCUUUUUUGUACAUAUAAGUAUGUUUCUUGUUUAGUAAAAUUAAUCCAUUUAGAUGUAUAUAAAUCGAUACUUUUGACAGAAUGCUUGCACUGUAUAAGAAGUUGAGAUGGUCUGUUUCGUAGUAUUCAUGCAUUUCUUUUAGGAAUAUUCCAUCUGAGGGGAAGGGGAUAGACAAUGUUUUGGCCUUCUAAAUACAGACUGAAUUGGAGGAUUACAGAAAGCACUUUCCGAUGCACACUUUAAGAAAAUAAGAAAUGUAGGAGAAAAGUUUUUUUUAAUGGUAAAUGAUUGUCUGAUUGUUUCAGUUGCUUUGGGGUAACGUGUACACUCAGUGUUUGAAAGUUACGGUGAUUUCCUUCAGACAGAUGAUUUACCAAGGAGAACAGCUUUAAGAGUUUGGAACAAAUCAAUUGACUCAGCCUCAUUUGCGUGGCUGACACAAUCAAAACUAUGUGCUGAGAAUUGAAAUGUGAUAGAAAUGGGAUUUAGUGUUUAUAACUACGUGUCAAUAACUGUGCAACACUAAAUUUCGGUAGUGUGGUUAAUUUUUUUUUUGCAUAGAUCCUUUGUAUAACGUUACAAAGGUGAUUAUUUACCCAAUAUAAACAAAAAAAGCCUGGAUCACACCUUUUUAGAUUCCAGGCAGAGAACCCAAAAAAGUAACAAAAAAUAAAUAGAUGCUCCCCAGGUUACAAUGCGGUUACGUUCCGAUAAAAAAUAUCGUGAGUCAGAUAUAUCGUAUGGCAAAAAUGCAUGUUAAUACAGUACAUCUAAUCUGUCAAACAUCAUGGACUAGACUAGCCUGCUUAAAACACUUACAUUAGCCUACAGUUUUAUAAAAGUGUUGAAUAUGUCAUGUAAUUUAUUGAAUAAAAUGAAAAACAUUUACCCAUCGUGAAGUCGAAAUAUCGUAACACGAACCAUCGUAACCCGGGGAGCAUCUAUGUAAAUUUAAAAAAUAAAAAAAUGUAUCAGGAAAACAACUGGACGUCCACACCUCCCCCAAUACGCUAACUGCAAGAAUGGCAUGCGUAACAUAAAGCCUGAUCCGAGUGCCUAUACCGUUAGAUCCGCAGAUGGUCUAGAACGGUCUAAUCUCAGUAGAAGCCUAGCUGAACCGAACUUCUUUCAGCACAUUUCCUUGCUGCUGCAUUUUCCCCCCCUUUUAUGUCUAAAGAGUAACUUAUCACCAGAAACAUCAAUAUGUUAUGAUUUACUAUUUCCGCGGGUUUUUUAAUUUCAGCAAACAAAAUGCCGACUUUUUUUUUUUUUUUUUUUCCUUCAUGAUUUCUCCCGAUAAUGAAAUAUUCGAAAAUGGAGACCGCGCGCUCUCUCGGAAACUAGAAUGCUGUUUAAGCAUUACGGAUAUUUUGUUUUCCUAGCUUUUAUUGUUACACUAGCAGUGUAGGCUAGUUUGUCUGUACCAUCCAUUCUCAUGGGGAGAUGUUCAUUUUGUAAAUAAACUAUUAAGCUAAGAAAAUUCCCUUUAAAUGCUGUGUAGAAGUGUAUAUAGUAUGUUCAGUAAUAUAUUAAAUAAUAUAUAAACGGAAAGCACUUUGUUGGAAAAACAAAAACACAAAAACAAGAGCAUUUUGUAUAAUUCUUCCAUUUGCUGCUAAACUAAGCUAGUCGGAACGCUGCAGUGACGGUUUGACUUCAAUGGGUGGACAUGGACGAUGAGAAACUGAAGUCCAAAGGAAGGCAGCCAACCUUAGAUAAGAAGGUUGUUAUGUUCUGGUGACUUUGUCAUGAGUCUUCUGCCUUCAGUAGAGAUUUCCUAUGGAAACUGGAUUCUGCUUUGAGAUUUUUUUUUUUUUUCCAGGUCGAUGUACAGUGUGGACACGUCUCUUCUGGACGUCUCCAGAUGAUUAUCUAUUUACUUUUAUGUUUUGUUUUAUUUUAUUUUCUUUUUCGGCUCCCCCAUUUCUACUUUUUAACAUAGUUGGGACCAAUAGGUGUCCAGAGGUAUUUGCCGAAGCUCUCGUUUUGUGAAAGGUUCAGUUCAAACAAUGAUUAAAAAAAAAAAAUAAAAAAAAAAGUAUCUCUGUACUGUACUGUACGUUUGUUGUUGCCAGUGAGAAAAUACAGAGGACCUUUGCCUUGGUGACUGUCCGUCCAGUCGCCAUGGCAACAUUUCCUGGCUUUCAUAGUACUGUCUAAAGCUAACGCACUCCAGCUUGGUAAUAGGCUAAAUGACAAUAUUAGUCAUGUUGAAAAUAUCUAUGAUGAAUGGUAGUAUGGUUUAAAAAAAAAAAAAAUCUAAAAGAAGUGUCAUUGAAUUAGAUGUUUUAUUGGCUGUUCACCAGAGCUGAAACUGCAGUCACAGCGGUGGUGUUCCUGCAGGUUUUCACGUGUAACAUGACGUACGCGAGCUGUGCAGCUUUACGUUAUAUCCAGGGGACUCUGUGGCAUUUUUAAAAACAGAAACGGUCGCAACUUAAUGCCAGUAAUUGUUCUUUCUGCUUACUUUAUUACCUUAAGAGAAGAAAUGGAUAUUAGCAAAUGCAUAGUUUGAAUGCAUAUUUAGUUUGAUUCAGGAUUAUCAAAAGUAUUUUAACAAGUAAAAUGGGAGAGUAUACGUCCUUCAUUUAUUUCUUUUUAUGUAUUUUUUUUGUUUUUUAGCAUGCCGAGAGUAUGUAGUUCAGUUUGUAGUGUGUACAAUAAUUAUGCUAUUGACUGUGCCCUAUGCAGAUUUUACUCUCAUGAGUAACACAGUAUGUUGCUUCUUUCACAGCUUUCCAAGGAUAAGGGCAGGGGCUUUUACCUGGAUAUAUUAUGGGGUGUACUUAUAGUCCUAUGGAUACUAUUGUGGUUCUAAACUACUGACCAAUAAGGUUUGACUGUGUCUCCUUCCUUGUAAUGAUACGGGGUCGUCCAAAGUAAUUUGAUAAGUAUUUCUUUGAGGAAAGCUGGUCUUAACGUUGUCGACUUGAAAAUGUUCUUUUAAGCAUUUUGUAAACAGUAGAAUGCUCUAUUUUGGACAUCGGUUUAUGGACGUCGGUCGUGGAUCCCAUCACUUUAUUUCUUCCUCCUCUGUGUAACCUCGUAAUGUCUCUCGACAGAUCCGGCUGAGAUGCUUUGGUGCGCGUACACAAGCAUACGGGGGUCGGCUUCCGCAAGUCGCGGCAGGCAAACGCCAGUGCUGGUACAUCUUUAACGUCUAUCACCGUGGCACUAGCUCGAUCGUACGUGCGCAGUGUAACUUGCGGAAUCCCCUCCGAUCUUUUGCCUGCAGAGAUCUGACUUGUCCAUCCAAUUGUACAGCAUACUCAGCUGGUCUUUUCAUAGAAUUGAAUAGAGUAGUUUAUAUUUUGCUAGAGAAACUGUGGGAAUGCAUUUGGCAUGACCCUUUCUGCAUGCAGAUCAACUUUAUAUAUGUGAUAUGGUUUCAUUAUUGGCACCCUGUGUGGUGCACACAAUAGUAACAUUACUAAACGAUCAGUGUCAGUUAUGACAUAAUUCAUGCUAUUUCAUAUUUACAUUUGGAUGUAGACUUCAUGUGGGUUACAUUUCUAUCGGCCAGACUAUUUGAGUAAAACAUGCCAACAAGUUUCUUGCAUGGUAAGAAAUCCCCACGUUGUAUUUCAUUUCCCAGUAGAUUUAAUCUAUUUUUAAUACAAUGGUAUUCUGGUGAUUCGGGUGCCUUAAAAUGAAUACUUCAGCUUGAUCUCCUCAUUCCUCAAAACGUCAACACUUUUGUUCACUAUCAAGUUGAAGGUAAUAUUUGCCCCUGAGUUUUUGUUUUGUUUGUUUUUAAAUGAUUGUUUCACUAAUGUGGUUUAUGUUUAUUUUUACUUCCCAAAAAAAAACUGAGUCAUGUUUUGUCUAAAGCUGCUCCAUGAUUUUUUCCAAGUCUAAAGAUGAAUGUAGUCUUCCUUCAAAAGAUUAAAACAAAAAGACGUUGAAAUACGGUGAUACGUCCAGUCUAGCAGGGAAGGCCUAUCCAAAGAAAGCUAAAGUUCAAGAAUCAAAUUGCUUUGUCUGUGUAUCUCUGUGUGAUUUCCUAUUUACUUAUUCCCCCCCCCCCAAAUUGCUGUGUUUUGUAUUUAACAGUCUAAAUGUUCAGAUGUUUGCCUUUGAAGUCUUUACUCCUGUCUUUUCAUAGCUUCACAUGUAUGCUGGUCAUUUUAAAUGUUUUUAUUUUCCUGUUUGUUUUGUUUUCUAAACGAGAAGCUAGAAAAAUGCUCUUCCACGCCACAAUAAAGAAAUACUCAUGUUUAAUACAGUAAGCAGUAAGAAAUUGGGCUAUUUUGUGAUUAUCGUGGGAGGGGUAGAAAAACAAAAAGAGAAGCUGAACUUGUAAAGCAGGGAUGAUGUCACACCUAAUGCGCUCGCCCCCCUGGUGGAUCCUGAAAGUGAAUGUGCCUCCUAAUGCCACGCUUUUUGCCAUUACUGUCCCUGUUUAGUUGCAGGAGGAGUGUCAUACACAAAAAGCAAACGUUUGUCAGUGGGGGCAGAAAAACAAACAUCUGUAAACGAAACAUGACACCAGCAAAGCGUUUGCAUUGUCAGACUGUCAAUGUAAACACUUUGUAACUCGGACACGGAGACCAAAAUAAUAAUAAUAAUGAUAAUAAAAACCAAGGCCUCCCUAUGCUUCCAUACCUGAGUGAUGGUGAACUGCACCUGAAGGCCACAUGUUCAGGUUGGCACGACAAAUGUCUGCACAUACUGGGAGACAAACGGAGUUCAAUGCUCCGAAUCGCCUUCCAGGCACAGGCAUGUACUGGAGUGCUGUGACCUGACAGAAAUCACAUGCUUUAGAAUCUGCUCAAGACACCGCCAUGUCAGUGCCAAACUCUAUUCUUGAGUCAAGGCCAAAGCGUUUCACUGAUUUUUUUUUUUUUUUAACCUAAAAGUAACUUUAUUUCCGAAGGUCAUUUGAGGCCAGUUGGGUACGGGGUCCCUUUGUCCUACACUGUAGUGUAGACCUAUAUACUCUCGCACCUGGACACAUGCAGACCAUACAAAGACUACCAGGUAACAGAACUCUGUCAGAAGUACCACAGUCUCAUCCACACAUUGCAAUGAACUACAUUUCCUUCCAAAGUUAAAAUAGUUGAAGUGUCGGAAGCGAUAUGAAACUUUUUCGUCGUUCUUAACCAUACGACGUGAGGUAGUUUCGUGGUUUUUUUCAAAUGCUGCUUAAAAAGCACAAAAUUUUCGAAUCCACGCUAAACUCGGUAUGUGAAGUCUCACCUUUUCUGGGAAGAAAAAAAAAGUAAUACAACACACUUCAUGCACUUGUCGUGAUUGCUUAUUAUGUUGUAUGGUAUACUACUGGAGAACUAGCAUGGGAUAUUUAGAUAGCUACUGCUGUGUACGUUCUCCCAAAAUGUAACGUUGUGUCACGGUAGGAAGGCUGUAUUUCAUUGCUAAGUGCUAUAAUAAAUAUUUUUGGUGACAUAUUUAAGCUAAUCUGCAGAAGUGUAUCCUGCUGAAACGAACCUUAACUCCAUCAUAAUAGUCAUGUUAGUAACUGUAGUUAACAUAUAUGCCUGUUCAAGACAAUAUCUAAACAGUUGUAAUAUUUAUGUUGUUUAAUUGUUGUGCUGGGAUUAUACUUUUGAUGUUACAUUUUGUUUUAUUUUGAGGCACGACUGUUGGAGAUAGUGAAUUACAAGAUUUGUAUGUGUACUAAUGAGACGUAGACUUAGUUGCAGUCUGCUCGUGAUACUGUGCCUCUUUUUUAUUAUUUUAAUUAUUAUCAUUAUAUUUCACGGCGUUGUAUCAGCCAGGAGUUGAUACUACAAUUGCUUGUAACUAUUAUAGUCUAGUUCUGUUAUUGAUUUUAAUAUUCAGAAAUAAACCUUAGAAAAUCA